AUGGCCGACGAAAACUAUGAGGACGACAUCUUUGAUGAUCUCUACGAUGACGAGCCCACGUCCAAGCCCGCGGCAGCGGCACCCGCCCCAGCCCCCAAGACGGAACCCGAACCCACCCAGGCCGAGCCCGUGAGCGCGCCGCCUCAAGAUUCUACACAUGACAAUGGUCAGGAUGCCGCAACUUCUUGGCCAGCUCAAGCUGGGGGCGAACAGGACUCGCACAUGGACCAGUCCGGCUACAAUGCCGGGGGUGACCAGUCGUACGAUAAUGCGCCCGCAGAUGAUGACAACUAUGGCCCAAUCAACGUGAAAGAAGACGGCAAGAUGUUCAUUGGCGGACUGAACUGGGAGACUACAGAAGACUCCCUUAAGGGCUACUUCUCGCAGUUCGGUGAAGUUAGUGAAUGUACCGUCAUGCGUGAUGCUGCUACCGGACGUUCUCGAGGUUUUGGCUUCCUUACGUUCAAGGACCCCAAGUGCGUCAAUAUUGUCAUGGUCAAGGAGCAUUACCUUGAUGGCAAGAUUAUCGACCCGAAGCGUGCGAUUCCUCGUGAAGAGCAGGAAAGAACGAGCAAGAUCUUUGUCGGGGGCGUCAGCCAAGAAGCCACUGAGGAAGACUUUACAAACUUCUUCAAGCAGUUUGGUCGCGUCGUCGAUGCCACGCUUAUGAUGGACAAGGAGACUGGCCGACCCCGAGGUUUCGGCUUCGUCACUUUCGAUGGUGAUGCAGCCGUAGACGCUACUUUACGCGGUCCCCUACAGAUUCUCGGCAAGCAGAUUGAAGUCAAGCGUGCUCAGCCUCGUGGUAAUAUGCGUGAUGAUGAUGGUGGCGACGGCAACAAGAAGUUCGGCCGCGGGAACAAGUUCAACAAAUUCAACGACAACGGUAACGGUGGCCAAGGUGGCGGGAACAACUAUGACAAUAACGGUGGGAAUAUGCAAGGCCAAGGUGGCAACAGCGCCAUGUCCCCUGCCAUGAUGGCUCAGUACUGGCAGCGAAUGCAACAGUAUUUCCAGUCCAUGCAGCAAACCCUCGCCCAGCAACAAGCCGGCGGUGGUAUGCCCGGUAACCCCAUGGCUGCCAUGGGUGGUAUGAACCCGAUGCAAAUGCAGCAGAUGCAACAGCAGAUGAUGAACCAAGGUAUGAACCGCGGCAAUGGCUCUCCGAACCCCCAGAUGAUGGGUGGUCCAGGUGGAAUGAACCCAAUGCAGAUGCAGCAAAUGCAGCAAAUGCAGAUGGCACAGAUGCAAGGUGGUGGAGGCCCAGGAGGUCAAGGUGGUCCGGGUAUGAUGAAUCCUCAAGGUGGCCAGAGUGCCGGUGGUCCACGCCCAGCUUACACCGCUCAAGAUCAACUCGCUUUCGAACAGCAAAAAUACGAACAACAGCAGGCACGCCGCCAGCAGCAACUAUCCGGCCCCGCCGGCUUCGGUAACGCUCAGGGAGGACCUCAGAGCUGGGAUGGUAUGUACGACGACGCGCCCCAGCCAAACAUCCCCUCUGGUCCCGGAGGCGGUCGCGGCGGCUUUAGGAACAACCGUUCUCGCCAGGGCUCUAGCCAACCCCCUGCUGGUGGUGGUCAAGCUCCCAUCAACGCCCCCACUGGCCCUAAGAACGCUGGUGUCCGAGGCGCGAACUACCGUGGCGGAGGUCACCGUGGUGGUGGUGGGUUCAGGCACCAGCCCUAUGGUGGUCGUGGCGGUUAG